UCAAAACUCCCCUCGACAACCCAAUCAUACUGGUCCUCUCUGUUUUUCAGUUUUUUGUAUUCUCUAAUUCUCUCUUUAAAACACCUAGAACAAAAUCGACAAUCUACACAGGUCUUUUCUGUUAUAUAUUUUAUAUUUUAGCAUUCUCUAUUUCACUUAGAAACAAAACUAGACACUAAAUUGAUACAAAAUGUUGCCUGCAACUUUCAAACUGUGCGCUGGCAUCUCCUACCGACAUAUGAGGAACAUGACAGGUUAGUGAAAGAGUAUUUGAAUGACUGCUAGUGUUCCACGGCCAAGUGGCCCUGUGUUCAUGGUGUGUUCUAAAACUGAAUUUCUGUUGUUGUUUUAUAAAAAAUGUAUGGAAUAAUUUGCUAUAACAAUAAUAGACGUUUUGAUGGUACUAGAGCUGUCUUCUCUUUCUCCCAUUCUCCUUGUCCCAGGUUUGAGGAAGAAUGCAAUGGUGGCCAUUCACCAUAAGUUGAACAUGCUAGCAGGCCCUAACCCUCGCAACUGGAUCAGCCAUGUUCGCCGCAGGAGCUCACUGCUCAGUCAGUCCUCACAAUCCACUCACUCAAAACACACAUCUUACUUGUUUUUCUUUCUCUCAUUCACAUACAGUAUACCCUAAUAUGGUCUCUGGUCCACCCAAAUUGAAAAAAAAUGUGUUGUCUAACUCUAGUGAUAAUGUUGUUUCUCUGUCUUGCUGUGAUCCAGGCUUGCGGAUCGAGGAGGAGCAGGGCUUUAAUGAGGCGGAGGUGUCGUAUGUGAAGCAAGGAGAGGAGGCGCUGCAGAAGUCUAUCAGCAUCCUCAGCGAUCAGGACGGAUGGACCACUGAGAUCAUUGCUGUGAGUAUAGAGAUAGAGUACGCAAAGACAGCUGGCACACAGAUUCCCUUCUUCACCUUCUCAAUGUAGCAAUUACAGACCUACAGUAUAUAUCUCUUUUGAACUUCGAUAUCAAGGUUGUUGUUUAAAUUCUUGCAAAUGUCAGUUCUAUGAGUUGUAAUUCCAUGGUCCCAUGAUCCCAGGCAAAUGGAGACAAGGUGCAGAGUAAGGUGUUACCUGAUGUGGGGAAGGUGUUUAAGCUGGAGGUGCUGUUGGACCAGCGCUCUGAUAACCUUUAUGGGGAGCUGGUGGGCAACAUGGAGCAGAUGGGAGACUGGAACCCCAAUGUCAAAGAGGUCAAGGUGAGACAAUCAACAUUUUUUAACCAUUUUUAUUAACACUACACUGUAAAUUGCUUUGGAUUAAAAGUGUCUGCUUAAUGGCAACAACAAUACAUAAUACAAUGCAACAAGAUACAUUGAUUGCAUGAAGUGACUAGAAGAAGUUUCAUACUUUGGGUUGUUUUGUUCAGUGUAAGAGUCCAAAUGUGCAUUCUCUCAUUGAAAAAAAAUAUAUAUAAACGCAACAUGGAACAAUUUCAAAGAUUUUACCGAGUUACAAUUAAUAUAAGGAAAUCAGUCAAUUGAAAUAUAUUCAUUAGGCCCUAAUCUAUGGAUUUCACAUGACUGGGAAUACAGAUAUGCAUCUGUUGGUCAAAGAUACCUUUAAAAAAAAGUAGGGGCGUGGAUCUGAAAACCAGUCAGUAUCUGGUGUACCACCAUUUGCCUCAUGCAGAAGCGACACAUCUACUUCACAUAGAGUUGAUUAGGCUGUUGAUUGUAGCCUGUGGAAUGUUGUCCCACUCCUCUUCAAUGUCUGUGUGAAGUUGCUGGGUAUUGUCGGGAACUGGAACAUGCUGUCGUACAUGUCGAUCCAGAGCAUCCCAAACAUGCUCAAUGGGUGACAUGUAUGGUGAGUAUGCAGGCCAUGGAAGAACUGGGAAAUCUUAAGCUUCCAGGAAUUGUGUACAGAUCCUUGCAACAUGGGGCCGUGCAAUAUCAUGCUGAAACAUGAGGUGAUGGCGGCGGAUGAAUGGCACGACAAUGGGCCUCAGGAUCGCGUCACGGUAUCUCUGUGCAUUCAAAUUGCCAUCGAUAAAAUGCAAUUGUGUUCGUUGUCCGUAGCUUAUGCCUGCCCAUAGCAUAACCCCACCGCCACCAUGGGGCACUCUGUUCACAACGUUGACAUCAGUAAACCGCUCGCCCACACGACGCCAUAUACGCGGUCUGCGGUUGUGAGGCCGGUUGGAAGUACUGCCAAAUUCUACAAAACGAUGUUGGAGGUGGCGUAUGGUAGAGAAAUUAACAUUCAAUUCUCUGGCAACAGCUCUGGUGGACAUUCCUGCGGUCAGCAUGCCAAUUGCACACUCCCUCAAAACUUGAGACAUCUGUGGCAUUGUGUUGUGUGACAAAACUGCACAUUUUAGAGUGGCCUUUUAUCGUCCCAAGCACAAGGUGCACCUGUAUAAUGAUCAUGCUGUUUAAUCAGCUUCUUGAUAUUCCACACUUGUCAGGUGGAUGGAUUAACUUGGCAAAUGAGAAAAGCUCACUAACAGGGAUGUAAACAAAUUUGUGCACAAAAUAUGAGAGAAAUAAGCUUUUUGUGCAUAUGGAACAUUUCUGAGAUAUUGUAUUUCUGCUCAUGAAACAUGGGACCAACACUUUACAUGUUGAGUUACAUUUUUUGUUCAGUGUAGGUUUUUGACUCUCUCCUCUCUUUUUCUCCUUCCCUUUCUCUUUAUCUUUCUCUCUCUCUCUCUUCCUCCUUUUUCCCCCCUCUCCUCCGCCCUCUAGAUUCUCCAGAAGAUAGGUCAGGAGACCAUGGUGACCCAUGAGGUGUCUGGACCCACGCCUGGUAACGUGGUGGGGCCACGGGACUUCGUUAGUGUUCGCUGUGGCAAGCGCCGGGGGUCCACGUGCUUCCUGGCUGGCAUGUCCACUCAGCACCCCACCAUGCCCGAACAGAGGGGUGUUGUCAGGUAGGCUUGUUCAUAUACUCAAGGGAUGGACAGAAAGAUGGAUGGAUGGCUAUAAAUCACUAACAAACAUAAUAUUUUAAAUAUUGUUUUGGACUCCAACAUACACUAACAUUGAUUUUCUACACCGUAUUGUUGACUUUGUCAGGGCGGAGAACGGACCAACAUGUAUAGUGAUGCGGCCCAGUGCCGAUGAUCCAAACAAGACCAAGUUCACCUGGUUAUUAAGCAUAGAUUUAAAGGUAAGAAGGCCAUUACCCUGCAUCUCAUCACUAGGGCUAGACAGAUACAACUAUUCUUACUGUCUUACUGACAAUUGUGGCUGCUUCGCGUGAUGUAUUGUUGUCUCUACCUUCUUGCCCUUUGUGCUGUUGUCUGUGCCCAAUAAUGUUUGUACCAUGUUUUGUGCUGCUACCAUGUUGUGCUGCUGCCAUGUUGUGUUGCUACCAUGUUGUUGUCAUGUUGUGUUGCUACCAUGCUGUGUUGUCAUGUGUUGCUGCCAUGCUAUGUUGUUGUCUUAGGUCUCUCUUUAUGUAGUAAUAAUAAUAAUAAUAGUAGUGUUGUGGUGUCUCUCUUGUUGUGAUGUGUGUUUUGUCCUAUAUUUGUAUUUUAUUUUUUAUUUUUUAUCCCAGCCCCCGUCCCCGCAGGAGGCCUUUUGCGUUUUGGUAGGCCGUCAUUGUAAAUAAGAAUUUGUUCUUAACUGACUUGCCUGGUUAAAUAAAGUAAAACCAAAAAAAUUAUAAUACAAAAUAAUAACUCUCUGGUUAACUUUUUCCCUCUGCUAGAAGCAUUUUCUUCAAAUCCUUUCUGGAACGUAUUGCUUCAUAGAUACUGUUUGUCCUUUUAUCACAAUCACUGACUAACUUUGAUGGUUGAUAAUGGUUGUAUUGACAACACUUAGGCCUAGAUUCAAUCAGUUCAGCGUUAACCCGCGAUAACCUGUAUCUGCAUCACAGAUCAUUGUUUUUAUUUAGGUGAUAUGUCAGAGGUGGAACUGCGUUGGAGUUGUCAAAUCGGUGAGCGGAUGCUUGUGUGGUCAUUCUCACAAAGCCACUCCCGUUCCACUUGUGCUAGAAGUUCAGAAUGAGAAAGUGUAGGCUAUAUAGAAAUAAUGACACUCAAAUUGAAAAUCAAAAUAAUGAGGAUUUCUAUUGGCCUAAUCGAGGUGUAGAUUACAUCACACAUUCCAGUGUUCAAAUUUAAACAUGGCUGCAUGGGAUUUAUACUAAUGUGACUCCAUGCAGCCAAUGGCCAGGGUUGGGUAGGCUACUUUGUAAAUGUAAUCCAUUACUAGUUACCUGUCCAAAAUUAAUCAGUAACGUCACUUUUGGAUUACCAAAACUCAGUGAUGUAAUCUGAUUACUUUCAGUUACUUUUGGAUUACUUUCCCCUUAAGAGGCAUUAGAAGAAGACAUAAAGGAUCCAUCAAACACAUUUGGUGUCAUCAUAGUGGUCUCUGAAGUGGUCAGACUCGCUCAGGUGGAACAAAGUAAAAUGUACAAAUUUUUUCAAUGCUGAAUUGAAUGUCAAUGAGAAACCAGAAAUGUGACAUAAUGUAUCUUUUUCGCAAACAUCCUUUCUGAAUUUAAAAGUAAUCCAAGAAGUAAUCAUCUAGUUUUUCCAAAGUAUCUGUAAUCGGAUUACAAUAUUUUCGCUGGUUACGUAACUGAUUACAGUUACCGUUUUUACAUAGAUUACAUGUAACUCCCCAACCCUGCCAAUGUCCACGAUAGGUAUAACACCGGAAGCCGCUUGUGAAUUUCACAGCUCUAACGCAGUUCCACCUCUGACACCGUCAAAACAACAGCGAUGCGGGAGUCAGGUAGCGCAAAUCUGAUUGAAUCUAGCCCUUAGAAACUGUUUUUCAUCGUGUUCUCUCUCCCUGUUUCACCCUGUCUCUUUCCCUCACAGGGUUGGAUCCCAAAGACCAUCAUAAACAAAGUGCUCUCUCAGACACAGGUAGACUUUGCCAACCACCUGAGGCAGAGGAUGGCCAGCAACAGUGAUUCCAUGGAGAUGGUCCCAGCCUGCUGACACACCAUCUGCCAUGCCCUCUGACCUUUCGAUUGGUGUGUACACCAAUGGCAGGCCACCAAAUGCACAGCUCCGCCCAGUCCUCAUUGCCACUUCCUACAUCAAAGACACUCAAAUAGGAUCAGGACCAAUGGGCCAAACUAACUUCUCUUCUGAGAUCUUAGGACAGAAUUGGAGUACAAUUGAGUGACGCCUUGUUCUUCUGAAUCCUGGAUCCAUUAACAGUCGAAAGUGGCUCUCUCCUCAUGUCCUUCCCUUCAUACCAAUCUAAAAGAACUGGUCUAUAUCCUCACCUAACCCGUUCACACACAAGUCCAGAUGAAGGGGAGAGACUAGG